CCGUAAUGAACUGAGCAGCAAAGCGGCAUGCCUAUUUAUACUAUGUCCACGGUCCAGAGAGGAAGAUGAUGCUUGACGAUGCUGUCGUCCAACAGGUCCACUUUUGAGUUCUUUGUCAUCAGCUUACUUAAACGUCUAGCUUCGACGUUGCUCGAAGCGGUUGGGCGGAGAGCAAGGGCUCCAGUGACAGGGCAGCCGAGCGAGCAACGACCAACUUCAAUUGGAGCUCGGCCUGGCCAACGUUCCCGCUCCCGACGGGUUUCCACCGUGGAUUAUUAUCAUCAUUAACGUCAAUUCAGCCAUUCAUCAUCCACCGCACCACCGCACCAUCGCAAGGAGCCAUGUGUGGUGCCGUGUAUCGAGCCAUGUAGUGCGGUGCGGUGCGGUGCGGUGCGGUGCGGUGCCAUCUUGCAGUGCGUCAGCCAACGGCUCAAGAAGCUACCCCUGCGAGCGACAAGGUUCUGCACCCCUGAAGCCAUGAUCUUCAGACCAGUCUCCCAGUCCACCAUCCAGGAGGGCAAAAGUGCAUGGUGUACAUCACUCUACGGUUUUGUUAGUCGGCUCGAACCAUUCCUCCUUUUGUCCCUGGGUCCCUGGACAUGUAGCUGGAUCAUGUACCGCAAAUCCUGUGCCUGAACAGGAUUCGCUGCAAGUAUGUAAGCAGACUCUUUUAUCGAAAUACCUAGCCUUCUCCUCUACACCUCCAGACAUCUCACCAACUUCGAAUUUGCAGACACAGAUCCGUGAAACCUGUGUGUGCCUUCUCCGAAACCCCACCCCUUGCCAAACCAAAUCCUGCAGGGAACACGGCCGACUGGAUGGGCUUUCCUAUACGCCCCCACUACGCAUAGGUUCUGGCAGAGAGGUGAGUGGUGAUGGAUGCUCGGGAAAGGGAAGAUUCCCAGUCACGUCGGCCGAGCAUCAAGCGUCCUUGGGAGGAGGAACACGUAUCGCCAGAGCAAGUCAAUAUCUGGACAGGAACCAGACUUCCUCCAAUUGACGCAUCUUACCGCCGACCAUCGCUCCCACCACGCUUCACCGAAACCGCAGAUAUCUGGGAAAGUUAUGGCUCAGAUUCCAGCGGCGGAGGCGCGAAGAGGAGUCGAUACAUGAGACAUGAUUACCAUUCACUUCCUCGGGGAGAUCUGGGUCUAAGAGGCGACGUCCUUGGGUCCAUUGGCUCUCGUUCGAGCUACAAUCCGACUCAAAGCUCACAGGAACUGCCUAGCUCCCGCGUCGAGCAGGAUCAAGGACGGGAAACCGCAGAGCUGGAAGCACCAGGAGCUUCAGAACAUGCGUCGCUAACCAAAGCCUGCCCCAGCUGCAAAAGGCUGAUUAUGCAGGGAAGUAUAGGCGACGAGAAAAGUGAUUCGGCUGAAGCUCUCAAACUUUCUGCAGGCUUGCUGAAUAACACGAUCUUGGUUCUAACUCGAUUUAUGUUCGAGGCUCGGGGUGCAAUUCGUCAGGAGGGAGCCAGAAUGGACCUAAGCUCAAAAUCCGAGUGCCCGCCUUGGGAAGAAGCCGGUCUGAAACAUACGCUGCACUGGCUCCUGGACAGAAUUCAGCACGUCAAUGACCUUGCCGAACAGCUGCUGCAGUAUGUACCACAAGACUCUUCGCAGAGAAUUGAAAGAUACUUUUCGGAAGGUGGAAUCAGUGCUCAAGAUGGUCUUCAGCACAUCAUGAAAAGAAGAAUGAAUGCUGAACUAGGAGACUCAAAAAGAUCUAGGGACGAGCAAGAAGAUGCCAACACGGAUGCCAAACAUCACAUUCGACGACGAUCUAUUGCGACAACUCUACCGGGAUCUGAAGAGUUCUUGUCAUUGCAAAAGUCUGAGGAGCAUCAACUGCACGCGGGUCUGCACAGUGGACCAAACCAAGGUUUCCAGAUGAACCCGCCUCCACCGCCAGCUCUUAAUCGGCAGCUCCCAUCGCCUCCUGGACGCUCCCUUCCUUCACCGACAUCAAUAAAUUUUCCUUCACCUUCAGCUAGCUCUUAUGGCUCCUCGUCUCAGCCUCCUAGCCAUCUCCCGCCGUCCGGCCUCCAUCAUUCAUCGCUGAAUAGCUAUCUCCCUCCGAUCGGGCAGUCGCAGUCGCCCGAUGCCCUUCAAGCGCACACAGCGGCAUUACAGCAUGAGGUUUCCGUUCAAAAAAUUGCUUUAUCAUCCCUCCAAGGCGAGCACAAUAAGCUCCUCGCGGCGUUCUCGCGCUCCCAAACGCGGGCGAGCGCACUUGAGAAGAAGCACUCUGUAUCUGACACCGAGAUAAUAAGCUUGACGGAAGAGAAAUUGAGGCUUCAAUCCCAGGUGGUCGAACUAGAACGAGAUGUGGAAGAGUUAGCACGCAGUCGAGACGAAUUCAGGCAAGCUGCGGUUCAGGAGGGAGCCCAGUACGUGGAGAUUGUCAAGAGAGCUUCCCGACUGGAGGAAGCAGCUGGGGAGGAAAGGAAAGGAUGGAACAAGUUGAAGCUGGCAAUGGAGCAGAAAAUAGAGGAAUUGAGCGGUGGCAGCAGCCGAAUGGAUGUCACCCGUGGCAGCUCGGAGCAACUUGUCAAUGUCAACACUCCCACUUCUGACUUUGACAGCCAGGCCGAGCUCAAGUUGGAGCCAGCGGGAGAUACUCGACCCACGUCACAUCCGCAACUUGUCCAGCAACAAUCAAAUGAGGCACUCGAGGAGGAGAUUCGAAUACUUCGUCAUCGAGUUGCUGAAGUUGAAACUGCAUUAGGAGCCGUCCGAGAUGAGAGUCGUAAUAUGGAGGGAAUUGUAGAAGCUCUCGGCCUGGCAGGAAAAUCGAUCCUAGAAAAGGCUGAUGGAACGCUUUCUGGUUGUAGCUAACAGAAAUAUCGGUCUAAGAUGGUGAAGAUUUGAGACUCGAGAUCUCCGGCCAAGAGACUGAAGAGUUACGUCGCACCUGUACACAAUAUCUUGGUGCGGGUACCGUCAUUUGGAGGCGUUUUGUGAUUUGGGAGGCAUAUAUCCAUGUAAUUAAAAGAGACGAUGGCAGACUGUGCCGUGCCAUAUAUAAAUAUCAAUACCGAAUGAGCACAUUCGUACGCAGACAGACGAACUUCCUGUCACGACAUGGCCUUGGUAGCAUCUUGGGAGCAGGACAGGUUAAUUGCAAAGUUGACGAAGAACAUUCGAUGACGGUACCCACACGCGACGUUCGACGCGGUGAGAGUUCUUCUGAAGGGGGAACUUUUACUCUUACAGGAUCUAAAUCACGGCUCAUCACGGCAAUCCCACCCUCGAUCAUAGCCAUGGCUCGUCUUUGUCAUCACAUGAGCCACUAUCCAUCGAACCGUGCUCGAAGUCGAUUUAUUGACCACAGUCAGCAUAUUACGUAGCUACGAGAGUCUCUGAUAGGUUGUCUCCAUUUUGGAAGCUGUCAAUUUGAAUUGAGGACUGUCUGUAUCAAAUUUCCUGUACCUUCCAUCCGACGUGUUCAAUAUCCCAUGACACGAAACGGGCCGUGAUGCAAGGGGCCUUGUCGUCUUCUUACCUCGCCGCAAGCAAGAGUGGCGUGAGAUGGAAGACUUGGGCGUCAGGAGGUUUCUUGGCAUGGAUGUUCAAGUGGACUUGGGAGUCAUGGGCUUAGUAAGUGGCUGGAGGUGUUGUGGAGGGGGGUGUUUUCUCCUCGGGAUUUGUCCCGGUCCAAAAUUGGUGAUUCGAUUUCACAGCGGGGCGAUUCGUUGGUCUGAUCUGGAACUUGAGUACAGAGGUGAAGAUCGGGCGUUUUUUUUUACCUCAUGUUAAAGCCAUGAAUUACUGGGGAUUUGGGUCAACCAUUCGUGAUUUGUUGACUUAUCAACCGAUAUCAAGACUUUCUAUAUGUACAAGUCAACA